UUGUCAGGGGCAGCAGUAACAGCCCGUUUAGCUAGCUAGCUAACAUGGGAUUAAGGCACUUUAGUUAAUGAUGACACAUUUAUUUAUCAACGAAAACGACGGUCGCCGUACCUGCUUUUUCACUUGCAACUGCCCCGUUUCCCCCCCCCGGUUAAAGCAGUAAAGACAACAGCGUCGAUUCUUACCGAAACAGCCUGGAGUUUGCAGUGUAACGUAGCUAGCUAGGUGUGCUAACAGCCAGCUAAUGACAGCAUCCCAAAGCACCAAACAGGGACAAACACUGGCAGUAACGUUACCUUGUAAAUCUCCGGUUUUCCAUCGCGAUCGAUUCGUACGAAAAUGGAACACAUUCAGGAACAAUUAUUGGAGCAGGAAGAAUACGACGAGAGCGACAUGCCACCAUCGUCACUCAAAGCACCCGGUCGCUCUACUCGACUGCAGAUCCAGAGGAGUAAUGUGUGCUCUCGGGCUUACUUCGUGGUGGUCAUGGUUUUCUUCCACGUCUAUAUACUGAAUGUCAUCGGCUUGCUGCUGUACGUGCACUACAACAACGGCCCCGGGGAUCUUGCAGUCAGUGGAGACGGGGCCACCUCAGCAUCAGUCAGGGAGAGCGCAGCCCCCUUGCCCCAUCCUGCCCCCGAUUCAAGAGAGCUACACAUGGAGGACUAUAGUCAAAGUUCCACUCUUCCUCGCAUUGAGGGGAUACGAGUGGGUCAUGUUCAGCAGGUGUCCCUUGUGCCAGAGAGAACACAUGAGAUGAGGACGCUCAGCCUUAAACCUCUGUUAUUUGAGAUCCCUGGCUUCCUGUCAGAGGAGGAGUGCCGUGUGGUGGUGCAGCUGGCUCAGCUCAAGGGUCUGAUGGAGAGCCAGACGACAGUGCCCAGCCAGGGACAAGAGGAGUCAAACCAGCCACUACUUUCUCUCAGCACAGAGGAGGUCUUCAGUCUAUUGGAUCUGAACCAGGAUGGGCUGCUGCAGAAGCAAGAGAUUGUGAGUCACUCACGCUCUCGGGAUGGAACUUGGUUGAACCCAGACAACUUACGGCAGAUACUCACUGGUCUGGAAUCCUGCCCAAGAGGGAUGCUGACCUUGGAGGACUUUAGGAGUGUUUAUGAUGUGUCCCAGCGCCCAGGACAACAGCGAAGCAGGAAGCUUCGGAGUCAGUUCAAACAGAGAAACAAACAUACGUGGCUUCACCAAGGCCAAGGAUCCCACCAUGUGCUGCAGACACUCAGGAACAGAGUAAUCACUCUGACACGUCUGCCUUCCACAUUGGUUGAGCUGAGUGAGCCACUGCAGGUGAUUCGCUUUGAGAACGGAGACUUCAGUAAUGCCCACCGUGAUAGCAGCUCUUUUCAGUCAGAGACUACCUGCGCACACACACGACUGGCGGGAAACACAUCGGCUCUCACAGAGGUCUCUUGCAGGUAUCUCACCGUGUUAUUCUACCUCAGCUCUGUAGAGGACGGUGGGGAGACCACCUUUCCUGUGGCUGAUAACCGCACCUAUGAAGAGCAGGCCCUGGUGCAGGAUGGAGUUGAUUUGACAGACACCCAGGAGACAUGUGGCAGAGGAAACAUGAGAAUAAAACCUACUGCUGGGACAGCUCUCCUCUGGUAUAACCAUCUCUCUGAUGGAAGAGGCUGGAUGGGCGAGCUGGAUGAGUAUUCCCUGCACGGCGACUGUCCAGUCAAGCAUGGGGUGAAGUGGAUAGCCAACAGCUGGGUAAAUGUGGAUCCAGAUCACCAGCAGCAGGUCCGCUACCAGACACUAGUUGCUCAGAGGCAUCGAGUUAAGUCGGGCAUGGAGGAGCAUUACCAACCUGUCUCACACAGUGCCCUCCAUCAGGAUCUAUAGCCAGGCCUUUUCAAAGACCAAACAACCAUAAUUUUAAAACUGAUUUGCAUCUAUAAAGCCAGUAAGGCCUGACAGAUGUUUUCAUAAUUCCAGAUGCUGUAGUUGAAAUGGAAAUUGCACAAAAAAAGCAUCCAAGAUAUCGUCUCCUUUCAGUAAAUCUGUCUUGCUUUAUAUGAUGUCUCUCAAAUAUCCAUAUUUACUUAAUACAUAAGUAGAUUUCACUACAAAAGCAAAAGUUUUGUGAAUUUAUUUAACAUAAAUUUUGAUAUGAAAUUGUGGUGGACAGAAUACAUGGUUUUGUCACAAUUUAUUUAUACAUAAAAAAACUAAAUAUUUCAAACAAAUUUGACUGCCAUUCUCUAUGAAAUUGCUGCCUAAAAUAAAAUGUAAUGUAUUCAGACUAAGAUCUAUAUGGAUGCCGUGAUGUGAGCUGGAAAAGAUGCAGUCUUGUCUAAGAGAUAAACCUGCUUGCCUGCCUUCCAUUUAGGUUUACUAGGCAGCUGCCCCUGUUGCAGGUCAGUAUUAUUGUUAUAGAUUUAAAGACUUUUGUUACAAGCCAUAUCACAAUACUCAUCUGUGAAUGUGUUCCUGAGGGAAAUCUAUGUGUGAUAAUUUAUGUCUGUUCUGUUCUUCAGUUUUCAGAGUUGUUGAGCUUUUAUCAUGAAAUGUUAUUUAAUAUAUUUAAAGGGUUUUCCACGUGUGGUGCAAAUGCAGGUCUGUUCUAGACUGGACAAAGUGAUCGCUUGUCAUAUCGGCUGUGGGAGGCCAGAAUUCAGGUGUAAUUUAAAGGUCUUUGAUAUUCCAACUUUGUCUGUCCUCACAGGUUUAUUUAUUUCUAAGAUUAUUUAUUUGAGUGUUAUUUAUUACCACUAUUUGGUGAUUUAAGUUAAAGGAAUGCAUAUUUAUUUCAGCUUGAUGUUGCACUAUCACUGUAUUUUACUGUAUUUGUUCUAUGUUAUAUAUAAAACAUAUAAAGCAAUGUUUUACUAGUGGCGUUGUGAGUGUGAUCAUUCAUGCAAGCCUGUUAAUAUAAACAAUGUCCACCAGAUGUCGCUCAACGUCAGCUACAGCGCUGCAUAUUCUGUGAGCCAGUGCAGA